AUGUCUUCGCUAAGAGGGUUGAGCGAGGGGUUCUUCUUCUUCAAAAAAUGCUCAAUCCUUCCUCCUCUCAUGGCAACUCUGAAUAACUCGAGGGUUUUUGCUUUCUCCACCGGACCCUCCAUCACUACUACGAAGAGAGUUGGAACCCACAAUGGUACCUUCCACUGCGAUGAAGCUCUUGGAUGCUUUUUAAUUCGCCUUUCUGAUAAGUUCGCCGGUGCUGAAAUUGUGCGAACUAGAGACCCUGAGGUGUUGGACACACUUGAUGUUGUGCUUGACGUUGGGGGUGUCUAUGAUUCAGGCAGAGAUCGGUAUGAUCAUCACCAGAGAGGCUUUGGUGAAGUUCUAGGCCAUGGCUUCACUGCCAAGCUCAGCAGUGCUGGACUUGUCUAUAAGCAUUAUGGGAAGGAGAUAAUUGCAAAGGAACUUCAACUUGAUGAAGGGCACCCUAACAUACAUCGUGUAUUUUUAGCUGUUUACAAAAUAUUUCUGGAGGUAGUAAAUUUUGCACAUUGGAAGCUUCACUUAUUUGAGCUGGAGGAGGAGAUGAGGAUUGAUCCUCCUAUUAAAUAUGUGAUUUAUCAGGAUGACCGGAGCAAACGUUGGCUAGUGCAGGCAGUAGCAAUAUCUCCUGAUAGAUUUGAGAGCAGGAAGCCUCUCCCUUCUCCCUGGAGGGGUUUGUCUGAUGAAGAACUCUCCAAGCAAGCAGGAAUCCCUGGUUGUGUUUUUGUCCACAUGAGUGGUUUUAUUGGCGGAAAUCUGACUUAUGAAGGGGCUUUGGCUAUGGCUAGAGCAUCUUUAAAGUUUUAA